CGGACCAUAUCAUUAAUACAUAGAGAUUUCUCAAGUCGCCAAGUAGAUUGAAAAAUAAAAUGAAUAUUAUUCAGUGUUUUUUUAUUUGUUUGUUUUUUGGGUGCAAUUUUAUAGAAUCUAUUCGGGCAUAUGGAGACAAUGUGUGUAGCCGAAUGCAUUCUGUAACGUAUACCAAAUAUGAAUAUGAACUUGUAUCAGUGCCGUUUACAGAAAAAAAUUGGUUUGGUCAUCGUGUUACUCGAUGGCGAACCGAAUACCAGUCGCGACCAAAGACCAAAUAUAGAUAUGAGCCUCAAUAUUAUUGCUGUCCUGGCUAUGAUGGAUCAAUAUACAAUUGCAUGCCCAAAUGCUUUGCGGGAUGCUCCGAGAAUAGUCACUGUGUAGCUCCCAAUCGAUGCGGCUGCGACAAUGGGUAUUCUGGGGAAGAUUGCAAGCCCGUUUGUACAAACUGUGGCAAAAACAGCUACUGCGUGGAGCCCAAUUUGUGCAGAUGCAACUCCGGUUACCGGCAUAUCAGCAAUGAAGGCGACUGUAUGCCAAUAUGCAACCAGGAAUGCGGUGAUCACAGCUUCUGCUCCGCGCCGGACAAUUGUGAAUGUGAAGUGGGCUAUCAACGAGUCUCAAAUAGUUCCACUUGUGAGCCCGUGUGCAGGUUCAGUUGUGGAGCCAACAGCUACUGCAAGGAGCCCGAUAAGUGUGAGUGCCAGGCGGGCUAUGAACCGACCGAGGAUGGUUCAGGGGAAUGCAAGCCAAUCUGUGCUAAUGAGUGUGGGCCAAACAGCAGCUGCAACGCGCCAGACGUAUGUCGAUGCAAUGAGAAAUAUCUUCUGAAGGAUGGGAGCUGCAAGCCAAUUUGCAGCUCAGGAUGCCAGGAGCACAGCAUUUGCAAGACACCUGAACACUGUGAAUGUAACGAAGGUUAUCAUCAAAGGGAGCAAAACGUGUGUGAACCGAUCUGCCCGGAAGGCUGCCCAGCAUUUGCCAGGUGUGUAUCUCCCAACGAGUGUCAGUGCUUUCCCGGCUUGAUGACUGAUCAAAAGUGUGAGCCAAAGUGCAGUCAGGGGUGCCCAAACGGCUAUUGCUUUACGCCUGAGGUGUGUGCCUGCAGCCCUGGUUAUCUAAUGGGCCCCAACAACAGCUGCGAUCCGCAGUGCACUGAAAACUGCAUUCACGGAAAUUGCAGUCAGCCAGAGAUCUGUGAGUGUGAGCCUGGCUACCGUUUCGUCCAGGACUCCCAGCAUAUUUGUGAGCCCAUCUGUGAGCCCAAAUGUCAGAACGGAGAUUGUAUGGCACCCCAGACCUGCAUCUGUCACUUGGGUCAUGUACCCGAAGACUCUGCCUUGGUCCACGUGUGUAAGCCGACUUGCCAUGUGAACUGUGUGAAUGGCACUUGUACAUUGCCGGAUGAGUGCAGCUGCCUUCCGGGAUUUAAUCCCUCUGUCGAGGGCAAUUCGACAGUCUGUCAUCCCAACUGUAGCAAGGGCUGUCCAAAUGGUAUCUGCGUAGCUCCUGAAACAUGUCAGUGCUUUGAAGGCUUCGAGAACACCUCCAAUGGCUGUCAGCUCUCAAUGACUACUAAAAGCAACAGCACUUCCGCCUCUGCCCCUCCUCUUGAAACUGAAUUGAAUUGCACCAAUAGCUGCAGAUGUUGGAGCGAGCUUACAGCUGCGGACAAUGCCACUCCUAACAAGUGUAUCAAUAUUUGCAUGGAUGACUAUGACAAAACCUGUCUAGAUCUUACUCAUUGCCGCUGCAAUCAGCAGACAGAUGGCAAGCAACUGAUUUGCGGUGUGGAUGCCUCCAAUGAGGCAAGAGUUCUUGAAUGUCAGGUGCUCGCCAGUCCGAAGAUAAGCCCAAAAUCGGAUUUAACCAUCAUAAAAGAGUCUGCUCUUAACUCCUCAAAAUCAGUUCAGCGUGCUGCCAAAUGGCCAUCGGUCCUGGCGUGGUGUGUGGCCAUCUGCAUUAUCUUGAUGUCGCUGACAGCCAUCAUCCAUUUCUACCUUAGGCAUAGGAGCCAACAGGUGACAUCUCGACGGACCGAUGAGCUCAGCGUAAUUAGCUUUGAAAAUGAGUUUUAACCAAUUAACUAUCUAUAAAUAUGAUACGAAUAAUUUGCAUGUUGUAUUUGUUGUAUUUAAUGCAAGUACGUGUAUAACGCUAUUACACCAAUAAAUUCUCUAUAAAUUAC